UAGCGACAGUGAGCAUACCAAUUGUCUCUCCUCUCUCUCCCCCACUUUCUUUGCACCUUCCCCUUCUACCCUCAUCUUUAAGCGGGCGGUUCCUCGGCCCUGUCAACACCAAUAAUCGCUAAUGGCCGAAAGCCCGUCUCAGCCACCGAUACCUGCUUCCAUUUUAGAAACCGAUACGAGGCAGUACUGGUGUUACCGCUGCAUUAAACGUGUCUCAACUGAAACAUUAGCUAAUGAAUCUGAUGUUAUUUGCCUUGAGUGCAAGAACGGUUUCGUUGAAUUAAUCACCGCUGCAGCGACUCCACCUUCCAAUACUCCUUCGUUAACCUCAGAUCAGGCUGAUGAUUCUACUUUCGGAUCUCAGUUCCUUCAAAUGCUUCGCAUAAUCGCACAAGCAGCACGUGAAGAGGACACUCCUCCUCCUCUUCCUCAAGACCCUUAUUCUGAAGACGAUUUUCUGAGGAUCGAGCUUAAUGGAUGGGAUAACGACGAGGAUGAGGAAGACGAUAAGGACUCAAACAAGAAUGAGAACGAAGAGAAUAGAGAUGAAGGAGAGCAUGAUGAUGGUGAGGAUAUAUCUGAUAACGAGACUGAAGAGGAGAACAGAGAAGACGAAGAAGAAGAUAUGAGGAGAAGGCGUCGCGAUUUUCUUCGUCUUCGGAUCCGUGAAUUCGCAACCCGGGCGAGAAGCGGGCGCAACCGGAUCCUUGAUUGGGCAGAGAUCCUUAUGGGACUGGAAGAUAACUCUAUAGAAUUUCUCCUUGAAGUCCCCGAAACAGACAGAUACAUAGGUAAUCCUGAGGAUUACGUGGAUGCUGCCGGAUACGAGGCUUUGCUGCAGAAUUUAGCUGAGAGUGAUGAUGGAAGGAGAGGGGCCCCACCUGCUUCUAAAUCUUCCGUUUCAGCAUUACCAACGGCUGUGAUCACAUUAGAGGAGCAGACUCGGGUAUGUGCUAUAUGCAAGGAUAUGGUAAAUGUUGGUGAAACCGAGACGAAAUUACCUUGUGAUCACGGUUAUCAUGGGGAUUGCAUUGUGCCUUGGUUAGGUUCGAGGAAUUCCUGUCCUGUUUGCAGGUUUGAGUUGCCAACUGAUGACACCGAGUAUGAAGAGGAGAGGAAGAAGAAACCUGCAACUGCAGCUGCUGUUAGUGGAGCUUCGGGUUCUGGCGGUGAAGGUGAUAGUUUGGGUUCUAAUUGAUUGAAAUUGGUUUCUUUACAAGCCAAUUUAAAGAAGAAAAUAAAACCUUACUCUGUUCAUGAAUAUUUGGCUGUUUGUUUGUUUUUAUGGGUUAGAUAAAAGCUGGAUUUACUUCCAUUUGCCUCUGAAUGUAAAUAAUAGACAAUUUUUUUCCUUGUUCA